CCUCGUUCCUUGUUUUAUGUCACAUGCUUUGCAUCAGACUACUGCAUAUUUGACCACAUGGUUUCACUUCUUCAUUCAUCUUGCUUCGUUUUACUGCAGACACCUUUGGACAAUUUACACCCUGUCUUCUCUUCAAGAGGAAUAACGCUUACAAAGUUUUUCUCAAACUAUUAUGAUUUGUUUUUAAUCUGAUAUGGCUCUGGAGAAAGUUCUUCUUAUCGUGAUUCAGUUUCUGCUAUAUGGAAAUGCAAUCAACAUCCAGUUUUUUCCAUGUGACGCUGAUGUGAAUUCAACCACAGUGGACUGCUCUAACAGACCUAUCAAGCACAUCCCGAUCAUUAAGGCUGCUACUGUUUUAUCAAUCGAUUUGAGUGACACUAAGGUACAAGCAGUGAGGAACCACGCAUUUGCAGGUGUCCCAAAUGUUAAUAUUUUAAAAAUAAAAGGCAAUUGUCUCCCAGGUCAACUUAGACUCCCUGAGCAGCAAGGGUGCAACAUGGAAAUUGACCCCCAUGCCUUCAAAUACCUUAAAAAUCUUACAUCUCUGCAUCUGUCUGGAAACAGCCUCACAUCUAUACCAAACUUACCUGAAAACUUGCUGUUUCUUGAUUUGCAGUACAAUUGCAUCUUUAACAUAUUUGUCCCUUUAAAGACUCCAAAUCUAGAGACUCUGCUACUCUCCAAAAACUGUUUUUAUGCCAACCCCUGCAAUCAGUCUUUUUACAUCAAUGCAACUGUUUUUAGAGGAUUACCUAAACUCAAAAACCUUACAUUAGGAUAUGAUAAUGUAACAGCUGUCCCAAAAGACUUGCCAGCCUCACUGAAGGCGCUGGAUUUAAGAGAGAAUACAAUGACAGAGGUCCCAGAAGGGUCAUUUGCCAACCUGACAGCCCUCGAGUAUCUGAAUUUGGAGUGGAACUGUCAGCGUUGCGACCAUGCAGCACGGCCCUGCUUCCCUUGCCCACAAAAUCGCCCUCUCCAGCUGCAUCCCAACUCACUGCAUUCUGAGAACAGCUCCAUCACAUUUCUGAGCUUAAGAGGAAAUUCUCUAAAAACAUUUCCAGAUGGCCUUUUUAGACCAUUGAAGAAUUUAAAGGAACUGGACAUCUCUGACAACCUGCUGGCGUUUGCUAUACAAAAUGGCACCUUUUUUCAAGAGCUGACCGGCCUCACUUGGAUUAGCCUCAUCUACAACUAUGAACCGCUGAAGACCUUUGGAGAACUGGAUCUCUCUCCAUACAUUGGCAACAUAUCGGGUCUGCAAAGGCUUUUACUAAGUGGGAACUUUUUCCAUACCAUAUCAAAAAAAGGUUUCCAUGUUCUGUCUCAACUCAAAAAUCUAUCAAAAUUAGAACUGAGAAUGAACUUUAUUAGCGAAUGCAAUUUGACUACCCUGAAGCAGCUACCAUCUCUCACUGCUAUAGACCUCUCCCAAAAUAUGCUGAAUUUCCUUCCAUGCUGUUCUGGAUCAUCUGGAACUGCAGAACCAGACAGCUGUCAGAACCAGAACUUGUAUUCAGGUGAUUUCCAAGACGUACACACUCUCAUACCAGACAAAGAAACAAGAACUAGUAGCCACAUCUGGGAAUCUGACCAGUCUAUUGUACCAGAAACAACAGAUGGCAGGGAGUGUCAAAUUCCAUCUCUACUGAGCUUUAAAAAUAAGUAUUGUUGGCAAAAGCUAUCUUUUGACCUUUCUCAAAAUGACAUCUUAUCACUUAAUAAAAGAGUGUUUUUAGGCAUGGAAAAGGCAGUUUGUCUAGACCUUUCAUACAACUACAUGAGUCAGACAUUAAGGGGUGGGCAGUUCAAUAACAUGACAAAAUUAGUCUUUCUUAACAUGUCCUUCAAUAGGCUGGAUCUUUAUCGUGGCGAUGCUUUCAGUGAACUUCAGUCUACACUGAAGGUAUUAGAUGUCAGUAAUAAUGACUUUCACUUCAAGAUGAGAGGAAUGGGCCAUCGUUUUGAGUUUCUUAAAAAUCUGACUAACCUGGAAGUGCUGAGUCUUGCUAACAAUGGCAUCGGGAUGCGGAUAGAUCAAAGGCUGGUCAGCAGGUCCUUGCAGUACCUCUACUUCAGUGGUAAUCAUCUGGACAUCAUGUGGAAUGCUGACUACAACACAUACGCUCAUUUCUUUCAGAACCUAACAAAGCUGAAAUUCCUGGACAUCUCCAGCAAUAACCUGAAGUCACUUCCAGCAGAAGUACUGUGUAACCUCCCAGUGAGCCUUCAGAGCCUCUGCAUCAGCAGAAAUUCCAUGAAGAAUUUUCCCUGGCAAAAUAUUUCAGCUCUGAGCAAUUUAUGUCAUCUGGACCUAAGCUACAACUCUCUAAGUAAUUUGGUUUCACAGGAAAUACAAUUUGGAGACCAAUUUUCCUUUCUGGACCUGAGUCACAAUCAUCUUACCUCUAUUCCAGACAAUUUCUUCAAUGAAGCACAGUCUUUGCAGCAUCUGUAUCUCAAUCACAACAAGAUCAAAGAGUUGAACCAUCAGCAUCUACCUGCACCCUUUCAAAAGGGGAGCACCCUUCAGAAACUCACCCUGCACGAAAACCCAUUUAAAUGUGACUGUAAUACUUCAUGGUUCGUUGUCUACUUGAGGACUACUCCAGUAAACAUUCCUUAUCUGACAACACGAGUGCGCUGUGGAUACCCAGAUUCUCAACAAGGUGUGAUUCUUCUGUCCAUAGACCAACAUUCCUGCCAGGACAUCUUCGGUAGCUUAGCUUUCCUGGUUUGCUCUUUCUUAUCUGUGACAUUUACUGCUCUUCCUCUGCUGAAGCAUCUCUAUGGCUGGGAUGUGUGGUACUGCCUGCAAAUCUUCUGGGCAGGACUCAAAGGCUACUCCCAGCUGCCCGGUGGUGUGUCAGAUCAUCACUACGAUGCUUUUGUGGUUUUUGACACCAGGAAUCUCGCUGUGAGGGACUGGGUUUACAAUGAGCUGACUGCUAACUUGGAAUGCUCUGACCACAGAAGAUUUUCUCUCUGUUUAGAAGAGAGGGACUGGAUACCUGGGCUCUCAUGUAUCGAUAAUUUACACAGUGCUGUUCACAGCAGUGUGAAGACAGUGUUUGUGCUGUCCAGGAGCACAAAUGGAACUGAGCUGGUCAACGGUGUGAUCCGACAAGCUUUCUUCAUGGUUCAGCAGAGGCUUCUCGAUGAGAAGGUUGAUGCAGCUGUGGUGGUUCUCUUGGAUGAAAUGUUUCCAAAACUAAAGUACCUCCAACUGAGAAAGAGACUGUGCAGGAAGUCUGUGUUGUCCUGGCCGAGAAACCCAAGAGCUCAACCCCUUUUCUGGAACCAGAUGAGAAUGGCAUUAUCAUCUGAUAAUCUCAAGUUUUAUGACAAUAACAUGAGUGAAAGUUUUAUAUGAUCGUUAAGUGAAAUAGUUUAAGUCCUGGGAAAGUAUCUACCUUUGUUUUUGCUUUUAAAUUUUUUUUUGUUUUGUUUUUGUUUUUUGUCAUCAAAUACAUUUUUAUAUCAGACAAAGAUACCUGGGGUUUAAAUACAAUAAAUAAAUAAAUAAAUAAUGUUUUCAGUUUUUAGGGAAAAAAAUUAUGAUGACCAACCUGGUGCUAUAUGAAAAAGUAAUUCCCUCCCCUCCAAUAACGCUUUAAAUAUAGGUUCUAGAAGGAAAUUUGCCCACUCUUCUUUGCAGAGUUGUUUUAAUUGAGCCAUAUUGAAUGCCAUCCAGCUUAAAUUCAUUCCUUAAAGUCAUGGCACAUUAUGGCAAUUGGACUUUAUUGCCAAUUGCCAUAAUGUGGCAAUUUAAAGUGAUCCAGUCUUUGAUUGGAUCACUUUAAAACCUUUAUUCCAUUUAUUUAAUAAGUGGUCCAGGUGAACAAGUUUAUUUGAGUUUAGUGUUACAAAUGGAUGACAAUUUUCUUCUGAAUUUUCUGGUAGAGAGCAGAAUUUAUCAGUCCAUUGAUUAUAUAUUGUGUUAUAUAAAAGUUUGAUUUAUUGAAGUGUCACAAACAAUUUCAACAACAGAAGAAUUUAGUGAGGAGGUAGAAACUUUUUUUCUGGACUGUAUUGUUGAAUUUUACAUUUCCAUCUGACCUCAUUUUGACAAACUGAGACUUACAUUAAUGUUUUUUGUGUCUUUACCUGUCUGUAUUUCAGUUUUUGGAGCAAAAUUACAGCAAAACAGAUGAUGGCUUGUAACGUUUUUUUGAUGUCACAGAAGGCUGAACACAGGUGUGAUGGUGUAGCUUAUGUAAAAGACAGUAGUUAACCUACACAAAGACAGAUAAGUUUAUCACCCUAAGCCUCAGUUGAUUUCUGAGCUGUAUUUGUUGAAACAUUAGGAUUUUAAAGUUAUUCUUACUCAUUAAACAAUUCCAAUUUAAUAGUUUCUGUUUUUCAUUUUGAUUAAUUUAUAUUUAACUUUACCAAAGACCCCCUGUAGAACAAAUGGGUCUUUGGUGCUACGAAGGUAAUUGGAAUUCAGUUAUGGCAGUACUACAAACAAAUUGACAUUGUUUUACCUGAUUUAUUAAACAUUACAAGAGGGUAUGUGAUGUACCUGCAAGAUACCCACCACUCUGAAAGUUUCACUUCUCUUUGGCUGGGAGGAAAUGAAAAGCCUGAAUAGUUUUGAAACAGAAAUCAAUAAUAGUAGCCCAGUCUUUUGCGAGGUGGAUUGGGAUACUAUUGCCAAGUGAAAAUGUGAGAUGUGAAUAGACCCCUAUCAAAGAAGUCUGAAUGUUGAGGUGUGUCUUUAAAGAAAAAACAAAACAUGAAUCUAGCAUCUCAUAUGUUUGAAAUGUAUUGUAAUGCAGAGAGUGCCAACCCUUGUCCCCAAGUCGCAUUGUCAUGGUCUCUGGUGCAUUUGAAGACAUAUUGACAAGAUAAUUUGACUUAGGUUUGCCAGGAGAAGGGACACAUGUUAAAUAUGCUUACCAGUGAGCGCUAAUUUAAAAGACACAAAUGAAUUAUUAAAAUCAUGCACACAAGCAAUAUCUGAAUUACAAACUUACAUGAAAUGCAUUCACAAAAUAUAUAUCUAUAAACACAUCUUCUUAAAAUCACCAUUGUAACAGUGGUAUCAAGCAGUGUGACAAAGAUAUUAAACAAACAACUUU